CCUACCCUAAGACUGUGCCACACGCCAACCUUGACUAAGACAGAUGCCCAUCGAACCUCACAUGAUGUUUUGUGCGCGGAAAUAUGAGGUCCCAAGCCAAUUUGGUGGUCACUUUGUGAUGUAGCUGAGAAAAGGCGGUCGUCGAGCGGGCUACUCGCUGACGAUGUAUACGAAUAGCUCAGCGGACGGUGUCACGACCGGCUCCUAUUUGGGAAAACAGAGAGUCUGGAGACAACUUAUGUAGGGUAUAAAGCAGGACAUCAUCUCUUUCUAGUAGCCCUUCACCAACAGCAUCAUCACUCUACACCACAAUCCAGACUUCUCUACAAACACCAACGUUCUUCAACAAGACACUGCAAUAUCAUCAAUCCGUCAACAAAUCUAUCAAAAUGCAGCUCACCACUACCCUCGCCGCCACCCUUCUCGCCUUUACCACGGCGGUGACUGCGAUCCCCUCUCCCAUUCCUCAAAUCACCCUCCGGAUCUACAACGACCAAAGCGGCGCCAAUGCAGAAGCCACCAUACCCGCCGACGGCACCCCUUAUUACAUAUCUUCUCUUUUCGCCGGCAAGGCUGUCGACAAGGGUGCCGGUAAUAUCGUCGGUACAUCAGCCCAACUCACCAAGUUCCAAGACACGACCAAGUGCCAGCUUGUCAACCUUAACAUCCCUGGCUGGAUUUUUGACAUCGACGGUCGUGCAAAAAACUUUGUCGAUCUGGAUGGCGACGUUACGAAGCCGAUCGAGACUUGGCUGAGCGGUUUCACUUUCCAUUGUGAGAAGGCUUACUAGAGGUCGAGAUAUUGAUCCGACGCUAGAGGCAUGGACGCGCUGAGAUUGAGGGGUUGUCGAGGUUGUAAUUGUUAGAGAGGGUUCUCCUUGAGUCACUCGUUUGCUUGUUUUCUUGGCUUGAGCGUUUCAGUAACGGAGCAUAGCGUGGGAUGAAGUUGAGUUUUGGCAUGUUGCAUAAGUUUUCACGUUCGUUACAAUAGACAGUAGAGUAUCAGAUAUAGAAGUAAUUCGAUUGAUUUAGCUUCAGGC